AUGGAGAAGGCAAAUAAGACUGCAUUGACUGAAUUUAUCCUUAUUGGCUUUUCUGGUCGACCAAAGUCAAGGCUGGGCUUAAUGGUUUUCAUGGUAAUUGUGUACUCUGUAACAGUGGUGGGAAAUGGCCUUAUCAUCUUGGUGAUCACAAUGGAUUAUCAUCUCCAUAAACCCAUGUACUUUUUCCUCAGCAAUUUGUCCUUCCUUGACAUAAGCUAUUCAACAUCUUCAGUCCCACAGGUCAUUGCAAACCUUCUAGUGGACAAACCUACCAUGACUUUUUCAAUGUGUUAUCUUCAAAUGAGUAGUGGUGUCUGGUUAGGUAUAACUGAAGGUUUCGUCUUAGCUGUUAUGGCUUAUGACCGAUAUAUAGCAAUUUCUGCUCCUCUUCAUUAUAUGAUAAUCAUGAGCAAGAAAUUGUGUAUUCAGUUAGCAGUUGGGACAUGGGUUGCUGGCUUAGUUUUAGGGGUCAUCCCCAUUUAUGUAAUGCCAGCUCACUUUUGUGGGGAUAAUGUGAUUGAUCAUUUUGCCUGUGAACUCAAAGCCAUUUUCAAACUUAUAUGCUCAGAUACUUCCUUGAAUCAGGUAACUAUGUUCACCACUGGCGUUCUCACCUUCCUUGGCCCCUUUGCCUUUAUUCUUUUCUCCUAUUUGCAGAUUGUUGCAGCAAUUCUGAGAGUUCACUCUGCAGGUGGAAGAUUAAAAGCUUUCUCUACAUGUGUAUCACAUUUGAUGGUAGUAACAAUUUUCUAUAGCACAGCUAUAUUCUCAUAUCUUCGACCUCAAACUAAAAGUGUGCAAGAGAUGGACAAAAUCGUUUCUCUGUUCUAUGGAGUACUUACUCCCAUGUUAAACCCGUUGAUCUACACACUCAGAAAUAAAGAGGUUAUAAGGGCUUUAAAAAAUCUUACAGGUCAAAAGCUUUGA